UUCACUUGCAUGACAUUACUGUGCUUAACUCAGAAGGUUAAAGCCAAAUCUAAACAGUCUCCAUAAAAACAACGUGUGGACAGUCCAGAUAAGGGAAGGCAUUUCUUCUACUGCUGCCUUUUUGGGUCUCUAAUCAUGUGGCUUUAUAACUUUUUCCUGAGCUGCGACCUAAAGGGAAUUCUUUUGUUUAUUUUUUCCUUCCUUUUGAUAGCAGACUUCCUAAGGAACAGGAAACCACCAAACUUUCCACCAGGACCAAAGUCUCUUCCCUUUCUGGGGAACAUCUUAGGGUUGGACAGCAAACAUCCACACAUUUAUUUCAGCAAGUUGGCUGACAUCUACGGGAACGUCUUCAGCUUUCGCCUCGGCAAGGAAUCCAUGGUGAUUGUCAGUGGACACAAGAUGGUGAAAGAAGCCAUAGUGACACAAGCCGAGAACUUUGUGGAUCGACCACCUAAUGCAGUCACUGACAGGUUUUACACUGAACCCUCUGGUGGCCUUUUUGUAAGCAAUGGAGAAAUAUGGAAGAAACAGCGACGUUUUGCUUUAUCUACUUUACGCACCUUUGGCCUGGGCAAAAACGUGCUGGAGCUAAGCAUCUGUGAGGAGAUAGGACACCUACAAGAGGAAAUAGAGAGUGAGAAAGGUAAACCUUUCAGCCCAGCAGGCCUCUUCAACAAGGCUGUAUCUAACAUUAUCUGCCAGCUGGUAAUGGGGAAGAGAUUUGACUACAAUGACCACAGGUUUCAGACAAUGUUGAAGAACAUGUCCGAGGGACUGUGGCUGGAAGGGAGCGUAUGGGGUCAGCUUUAUCAGGCAUUUCCUCAAGUGAUGCAGUAUAUACCAGGUCCUCACAACAAAAUCUUCAGCAAUUAUAACGUCAUAAAAGAGUUUCUUCAUCAGGAAAUAGAAAAGCACAAAAAGGAUCUGGAUCAUAGCAAUCCUAGAGACUACAUUGACACUUUUCUCAUUGAAAUGGAGAACCACAAAGAGUCUAACCUGGGCUUCACAGAGUGCAAUCUUGCUUUCUGCUCUUUCGACCUCUUCCUCGCUGGGACAGAAACAACAGCCACCACAUUGCUUUGGGCUGUGCUAUUCCUUACAAAAUACCCUGAUGUUCAAGAGAAAGUCCAUGCAGAGAUUGAUAGAGUCAUUGGACAGUCUCGCCAACCCUCCAUGGCUGACAGACCAAACCUGCCUUACACUGAUGCUGUAAUCCAUGAGAUCCAGAGGAUGGGAAACAUUGUUCCUCUGAAUGGACUCAGGGUUGCUGCCAAGGAUACAACUCUUGGUGGUUACCUUAUACCAAAGGGAACAUCAGUGAUGCCCAUGCUGACCUCUGUCCUGUUAGACAAAACUGAGUGGGAAACUCCAGACACAUUCAAUCCUGGACACUUCCUGGAUGCUAAAGGGAAGUUUGUGAAGAAAGAAGCAUUUCUGCCCUUCUCUGCAGGAAAACGUGUGUGCCUUGGUGAGGGCCUCGCUAAGAUGGAGCUGUUCCUGUUUUUUGUUGGCUUAGUGCAGAAGUUCACUUUCUCUGUUCCUGAAGGAGUUGAGCUGAGUACUGAAGGAAUAACUGGAACUACGCGUGUUCCUCACCCCUAUGAGGUGUUCACUAAGGCUCGCUGGUGGAGUCAGCAGAGAACCCGCCCAUCUCAGAACCAUGUGGACAGAAAUUCUGAUCAGUCUCCUUUCUUUCCUCCUCUCCUCUCUGUAACAAUGUGGCUCUGCAGCUUGUGGCAGUGGUUCAGUCUCAGAUGGAUGCUGAUUUUGAUUUUGACAAUCCUCCUCGUGGUAAAUUUACUCAUCAAAAAGGAUCCACCUCACUUCCCACCAGGACCACCUGCAUUUCCUUUUUUGGGGAAUAUCUUCAGCAUUGAAUCUAAGCAGCCUCAUAUUUACCUCACUAAGCUUGCUGAUGUUUAUGGGAAUGUGUUCUGCAUACGUCUGGGAAGGCACAAAACAGUGUUUGUGUCUGGGUGGAAGAUGGUGAGAGAGGCUUUAGUGAUACACGCCGAACAUUUUGUGGACCGGCCUUACAGCCCAAUGGCAAUCAGGAUUUACUCAGGAAACUCAGGAGGUCUUUUCUUCAGUAAUGGGAAGGUAUGGAGGAGGCAGCGGCGCUUUGCCAUGACCACGUUGCGUACCUUUGGUUUGGCCAAGGGCUCCAUGGAGGAGAACAUCUGUCAGGAGAGUCGACACCUUCAGGAGGCGAUGGAGAAGGAGGAAGGUAAGCCCUUUGACCCGGUGCCACUCCUGAACAAUGCUGUGUCCAACAUCAUCUGCCAGAUUGUGUUUGGAAGACGAUUUGACUACAGUGACCAGGACCUCCAGACCAUGCUGAAAAAUCUGGCAGACAUGGCCUACCUGGAAGGCUCAAUAUGGGCUCUACUUUAUGAUGCUUUCCCAUCACUAAUGAGACACUUGCCAGGGCCUCACAAUGGCAUCUUUAGCAGCUCCAAUUCAUUGAAGGCAUCUAUCAGGAAAGAGAUAGAAAGACACAAGCUAGAUCUGGAUCCAAGCAACCCACGAGAUUACAUCGACAACUUCCUUAUAGAGGAAAGACACAACAGAAAACAGGAUGUUGGUUUUAUGGAAGAAAACCUGGUUCUGUGCUGUCUGGAUCUCUUCUUAGCUGGCAGUGAAACCACUUCAAAGACUCUACAGUGGGGACUCCUGUACCUUAUAAAAAAUCCUCAGAUCCAGGGCAAAGUCCAGGAAGAAAUAGACAGAGUGGUUGGACAGACCCGCCAGCCCACCAUGGAAGACAGAUCCAACAUGCCCUACACUGAUGCCGUCAUCCACGAGAUCCAAAGGAUGGGAAACAUUGUUCCUCUCAACGGGCUCAGGAUGACUGCCAGGGACACAACACUGGGCGGUUACUUCAUACCAAAGGGUACAACUGUGAUGCCGAACCUGACCUCUGUCCUUUUUGACAAGAACGAAUGGGAAACUCCUGACAGCUUCAACCCCAAACACUUCCUGGAUGAUGAUGGCAGGUUCAUGAAGAAGGAAGCAUUUUUACCUUUCUCCGCUGGAAAGCGAGCGUGUCCCGGUGAGGGUCUGGCAAGGAUGGAACUAUUCCUGUUUGUUGUCAGCUUACUCCAGAAGUUUCACUUUUCCACUCUGGAUGGCGUUGAGCUGAGAACAGAGGGAAUUACUGGAGCCACACGCACACCUCACCCAUUUGAGAUCUUUGCAAAAUCACGCUUUGACUUUUAGGCUUCAUGCAAUACAGCAUAAGCUGCAGGUUGGAUAAAUGGCACUUUGUGAAAAUGUAUCAUAUGUUACUUUGGCAAAUUGCAGAACCUUCAGUGUUUUUAACCAGGCGACGUCAGACGGAGCAUGCACCUUGUUCAAAUGCAUACACAAUGAAUGACUUCACCUAUUUCCAACACUUAAGAUGUUAAUCAUCAAGCUUCCAUCUUUUCCAAAUUAACCAGCUGUAAACCGCUUUCCCUCCAAGAAUACAAGGUACUGAAGACUGAGAUUUUUCCGGCUAAGAAAAGAAACAAUGCAGUUUUCGAAAUAAAAUUUAUUCAGAGAAA